AUGGGUCAAAAAAAAAAGAAGUUAGCCAAAGGACGUUUAGAUAAAUUUUACUAUUUAGCUAAAGAACAAGGUUACAGAUCUCGUGCUGCUUUCAAGUUAGUACAAUUAAAUAAGAAAUACAACUUUUUAGGUUCAGCCAAAGCAUGUUUAGAUCUUUGUGCAGCCCCAGGUGGUUGGAUGCAAGUUGCAUCUAAAUAUAUGCCAGUACAAUCAUUAAUUGUUGGUGUCGAUUUGGUACCAAUUAGACAAGUUAGAAAUUGUAUUAGUUUAGCAGAAGAUAUUACAACUCAAAAAUGUAGAACUGAAAUUAAAAAAGCAUUAAAGACAUGGAAAGUAGAUGUUUGUCUUCAUGAUGGUGCUCCAAAUAUGGGUACUUCAUGGGUUCAAGAUGCAUAUCAACAAGCUGAGCUUACAUUACAUGCUCUUAAAUUAGCAACUGAAUUUCUUGCUACUGGUGGUUGGUUUGUCACCAAAGUUUUCAGAGGUGCUGAUUACAAUUCAUUAAUUUGGGUAUUUAAUAAACUCUUUAGAAAAGUAGAAUCAACUAAACCACAAGCUUCACGUAAUGCUUCAGCAGAAAUUUUCGUUGUUUGUCAAGGUUUCCUCAAUCCAAAGAAAAUCGAUCCAAAAUUAUUAGAUCCAAAAUUCGUUUUCAAGGAAGUUCAAGAAGGUCCAAAGAAGGUUGAUGUUUUAUCAGAAAAGAAAGCUAAAAGAAACAGAAGUGGUUAUGAAGAUGGUGUCACUAUGCUUAGAAAGAAGGGUUUCAUUUCAGAUUUUAUCGAAUCAUCACAACAUCUUUUAGAUCUCGCCAGUUUUACUGAAUACGAAUUUGAUGAAAAUGCUCAAAUCUUCAAACAACAUCCAUCAACAACACCAGAAAUUAUUGAAUGCUUUAGAGAUCUUCGUGUUUUAGGUAAAAACGAUUUUUCAAAGAUUAUUAAAUGGAGAAAGGCUAUGGCUGAAUAUAAAGAAAAAUUAGAUAAUCCAGAAGAAGAAGAAACUAAAGAACCAGAACCAGAAAGAGAACUCACUCAAGAGGAAAAAGAUGCUUUACUUGAUACAGAACUCGAACAACUCAAAGAAAACCUCGAAAAGAAGAGAAGAAAGGAAAAGAAGAAAGCCAACGAAAAGAAACGUCUUGAAAGAAAGAGAAUCGAAUUAACUAUGCACAUUCCAGGUGAUAAAAUUGAAGAAGGUGCCGAUGAUGAUCUUUUCGUAAUGAAAGGUAAACAAGAUUUCCAAGAUGAUGUUGUAGCCGAGCAUGGUGACUCUGAUUCAGAUGACUCUGAUUCAGAUGAUUCAGAAGUUGAACCAGAUAGAAGAACUCAAGAAGAAGCUGAAAUGGAUAAUGAUGAAUUUAUGGAACAACAAUUAGAAGAUCAAUACAAACAAUAUAUUUUAAGAGUUUCAAAUCGUGCUAAAGAAUUUGAUGUUAAGGUCAAAAAAGAUAAACUUUCACAAGAUGCAGAAUUUGACGAUCAAGAUGAUGAUGAAAUGGAACAAGAAGAAGAAGACCACCCACUCUAUGUUGGUAAAGCUAAACCAAUUGAAAAAGAUGCCGAUAUGUUUUUCGAUAAUGACUUAUUUGGUGGUGUCGAAUAUAGAACCGAAGAUGACGAACCAUCAGAAGAUGAACAAGAAGAAGAAGAUGAAGAUAGUAAACCAAUUGAUAUUUCAAAAUUAAAAUUACAAAAGGCUCAACCAGUCGCAACUAAAUCAAAGAAACAAAAAACAACUAAAGGUGGUUCAGAAAAAGGUGGAAAGAAACAUCAAAAGAUGCCAUCUGGUGAAGAAUCAGAUGAUGAAGAUAUUGUUCAAGAAAUGGAUAUGGAAGAGGUACCAAUGGAAGAAGAUGUUGAAUACUCAUCAGACUCUGACGAAGAAAUUGAUGAUAAAAUCAAAACUAAAGCUUUAGGUGAAUUUUUAUUAAGAAAGAAAUCAAGAAACGAUCUCGUUGAUGAUUCAUUCCACAGAUUUGCAUUCAAUGAUAAUAGAGAUGGCAUGCCACAAUGGUUCAUCGAUGAUGAAAAUCGUCACCACAAACCACAAACCCCACUCACUAAAGAUAUGGUUGAUGAAAUUAAAAGAAAGAUUAAAGAAAUUGAUUCAAGACCAAUUAAGAAGAUUGCUGAAGCUAAAGCAAGAAAGAAGAUGCGUCUUGGUAAGAAAAUGGAAAAAGUUAAAGAAAAAUCAAGUAGUAUUAUGGAUAACGCUGAUAUGAGUAAUAAAGAAAAAUCAAGAGCCAUCGAAAAACUUUAUGCUGGUACAGAUAAGAAGAAUCAAAAACCAAAGAAGAUUAUUAUGAUCGCAAAGAAAUCAAAGACAGGUGGUGGUGGUACUGGUAAAUACAAGAUUGUAGACAAACGUAUGAAGAAAGAUUUAAGAGCAAUGAAACAAAAACAAAAAACCGUUGGAAGAUCAGCUGCAUCAAAGAAAGCCAACAAAAAAAAAUAAAAUAAUAAAAUAAAUUUAAUAGUAUAGCCUAAAUAAAUAAGUUUAAAUUGUAUAUUUAACUUGUUUAAUC